GGCAAAACAGCAACAGAAGCAGCAGCAGCAGCCCCGGGUCGUCACCUCCUGCUCAUUCAUUCACUCGCUCUACACUCUACAGCCUCACAACACCGGUAUCCACCACCUUGCCCGACACGUCAGCCAUGGCCGAGUGCUCCCUGGUGCAGACGGCAAUCGCGUUUCCGCGCCGCAAGACGCGCUCAUCGGCGCGGAAGGACAAGCUCGAGGUGACCCCACGCAGUGGAAACAGGGGGAGGAACGGCACUACGGGGCUCAGCCAGCCACUCUCACCCCGCAAGCGCCUCGGAGAGGAGAACACCCUCAAUGUGCCGCACCUGCUGGAAUGCUCGCCCACCAAGAGACAGAAGGAGAAUGCCGCCGUGGCGGUGACGGCGGCGGCGGCACUCAAGUCGCCGGUGCUGACCACGCGCAAGAAGCUGCAGUUCGAGGAUGCUCCACCCAACCCCCUCCGCGUCAUCUCGCCGAUCGAGAAGCAGCAGGGCGCACGCCGCCUUGGAGAGGGGGCCACUGCGCCGAAGAGCGACGCCGCCCGGGAGAGAGCCACCGCCUCGUCGGAAAGGACACCCACGACGCCGGCCGUCCUGCGGGUCGUGCGACAAGAAGGGGAGUGCUAUGCGCUCGCCAAGAAGGCUCUGCACACGGCCAACCCGGAGCGGCUGCUGUGUCGCGAGCGGGAGACCGCGGCCAUCGUCGCGUUUGUGGAGGAGCACGUGGUGGCGCGGGUGCCCGGCAGCCUCUACAUCUCGGGCGCGCCGGGCACCGGCAAGACGGCCUGCCUCAAGCACAUCCUGCACAGCAUGAAGACGAUGCUGAGCAGUGCAAGGGUCGUCUUCCUAAACUGCAUGCCGCUGACCUCGUCGCAAGCCGUGUACCCGGCUGUCCUGUCAAAGCUCGGAGAGGCCGGGGAGAAGACCUCCGGGGUUGGCAGCAGAGACCAUGCAAGGCAGCUGGAGAGAAUUGUCACCAAAUCGGGGCCCAUGAUUGUGUUGGUUUUGGACGAGAUGGACCAGUUGGACAGCCGUGCACAGGAGGUGCUCUACACCAUGUUCGAGUGGCCAGCUCUUCCCAACUCUCGCCUCGUACUCAUCGGGGUGGCAAACGCGCUGGACCUGACGGACCGCAUCCUGCCGCGGCUGCAAGCUCUCCGAAGCCACCAGCCGCAUCUUGUCAACUUCCCUCCAUAUUCCCGCGAUCAGAUCCUGGCCAUUCUGCAGGACCGGCUAUCGGGGCUGAAGGAGGGUGUGGUGGACCCGGCCGCUGUGCAGUUCUGCGCCAGGAAGGUGUCAGCCAUGUCUGGGGAUGCCCGCAAGGCGCUCGAUGUCUGCAGGCGAGCUGUGGAAAAACUUGGAGGCGAAAUCAGGAAGCAAACGGUGCUGAGCCCCAAUGGAGAAGGCCCUGCGCUCACGACGACGGUGCCCCGCAGGGUGACCCUCCCGCAGAUCUCCGCCGUGCUCUCGGAGGUCUACGGGAGCCCCAUGGCGUCACGCGCCGGGGACCAUGGCGGCAGCUUUCCCCUGCAGCAGAAGCUGCUCGUCAUCACGCUGCUGAUGCUGGUGCGCAGUGGCAAGGUCAGGGAGUUCACCUUUGGCAAGAUCCACGAGACGUACACCGGAGUCUGCCAGAGGCACCAGAUGGCGCGGUUGCACCAGUCGGAGUGCCUGGCGCUGUGCAGUCUGCUGGAGGCCCGAGGAAUCCUGACCAUCAAGAACUCCAAGGAGGCUCGCCUCAUGAAGGUGUCGUUGAAGAUCGACCAGAGCGACGUGGAGCACGCUCUCCAGGACAAGGUUCUCCUCUCGAGCAUCCUGCAGGCCGGGAUCCCCAAGUAGGGAGCUGCCACCUUCUCCACCUCCUCCACCUCCUCCACCUCCUCCACGCCCUUUGCUGCUGCCGCUGUCUCAAAGCGAGCCUCAACGACGACAGCCGGGGGUCCGUGUCGACGAUCGACCCUUCCACCGACGAG